CAAUACAGAUUCUGGAAGUAGACACUUCAGGCUAUCUUUCCAUGUGUGUAUCUCAAAACCGAUUUUUUGACCGAAAAUCCCCCCUUCUGAGGGGGGGGGGAGGCCCUUAACUCGUUAAAUGUUCCGUAUUACCGUUAAAUCUAGGUGGAAUCUUCACGUAUUCUUCAAAACUAACGAAAACAAUCUUAAAAACGAUUGUUCUACAGAAACUGCUUUUUGUUUUUGCAUUUCUGGUCAAGGCUUUAAGCAAGAAAUGUUUCAAGAUCUUCAACUUCUUAACUCAAGAGGUGGUACUACCAGAAUAGAACAUGGAUAUUAUUAUUCUACUACUUGUUUAUUCUAGAAUAUGCCAAUUAAAUGUACUAAAAAGUAAAGAAUGUAGCAUGUUGCAUGCAAUGUUUUCUCAUAUAAUCGUGCUUGCAACAAAAACAUUUAAUUUUAUAUACUUUUUUCAAUCAAAAAAAUGAAGAACUUUGCUUCAUGCAUUUCGCUUGCUAUAUAUAUGCUUGCUGAUUAGAGUACAGUCUUCUACUACAUUUUUAAAUAAUUUCAUUAUCAUUUUUAGGAAUUGGUUUUACUUGAUCAAUUAUAUAUUUUAUACAAAAAAUUUAUUGUAUUUGAUACAAAUUUCCGUUCAACAUUAUGGUCUGAUAUUGAUUUAAAUAAAAGCAAAAUGGAGACGGCUGCUCUGUGGAAAGAAUUUCGUGCAUUACCGUCUAAAUUACAAGAUUGGCAAGCAUACUACGAUUUAAAAUCAGCAUUACAAAAAUAUAUUGAUCUAUUGCCAAUUUUGUUUAUGCUAAAUGCUAAAGAAAUUCGUAGUCGACAUUGGUUAAAAGUAAUGAACAUAACAAAUUGUUCAUUUCAAUUGGAAUCAUCCAUUUUUAAAUUAAACGAUUUGCUUGAUAUAUCACUGGACAAAUUUAAAACUGAAAUAAGUGCAAUAUGUUUUUCUGCACAAAAAGAGCUUGAACUCGAAACAAAAAUGCGUAGUAUCGAAGAAGAAUGGACAGAACAGAUUCUUAAUUUUGAAUUGUAUAAAGAUUAUGGUCAUGUUUUAUUAGAAAAACGUUAUGUUGAACAUUUGUUAGAACAUUUAGAGGAUGCUGAAGAUAGUUUAGCUCAAAUGUUGACAACAAAAUAUAUCGAACCUAUGCGUGAAGAAGUAGCUGCAUGGGCAGAAAAAUUGAAAUCAAUUGGUGAAAUAUUAGAAUUGUGGCUUGAAGUACAAGAUAUGUGGCUUGGAGCAGAAAAUAUUUUUAAUAAUCCAUCUGCUAUAAAGGAUAUUUCAUUAGAAGUAAAACGUUUUAUUCGUGUUGAUAAAACAUGGUUGAAAUCACAGCGACAAUCAUCAGAAGUUCGUAAUGUUUUACAAUGUUGUUUAAAUGAACCACCAAAAAAAGGCAUAUUAAAAGAAAUUCAUAAAGAAUUAGAAGUGUGUAAUAAAUCAAUAACAUUAUAUUUGGAACGAAAACGACAAAUAUUUCCAAGAUUUUAUUUUGUAACUAAUCGAACAUUAAUCUCAAUUUUAAGUAGACAAGAUACAAUUAAUUAUGUUAAACCACAUUUCAGAUCUAUAUUUAAUGGAAUUCGAGAUUUAAAAUUACAACCAUUACAUAAUGAACCAGAGAGAAGUGAAAAAUCAAUUCAAGAGAGACGUGUACGAAUUCCAACAAUUGGUAGUGAAUCACGUUCUCAUACUGAAUUUGUUGUAACAGCUCAUCAAGAAAUUAUACAAGUAUUAAGUGAUGAUGGAGAAUGUCUUGUAUUACAUAGACCGAUUCUGUUACAAAAAUCUGUAGAACAUUGGCUAAGUCGUUUACAAGAAUGUGUGGGUGAAACAAUAAGAAAUGAUAUCGGUGCAUGUUUGAAAGAUGUUGAUAAUGGUCUUCCGUUUGAAGAACUUGUAUCAAAAUAUACGUGUCAAGUAUCAAUUGUCGGUUUGUUGUACGCAUGGACACGUGAAGUUGAAUUAGGUAUUAUUGAAUGUCGAAAUGAUCGUAAAGGUCUUCAAACAGCUAGUAAAAGAUUUUUAUUAUUAAUACAAAAAAUUCCGACAUCGAUUACUCGUUCAACAUGGCGUUCACCAUCUCAACCUGUACUUGCAUUACAUAAACAACGUCUCGAUGGUUUACUCUGUUUUGCGGCAUAUCUACGGGAUAAUUUUGAUGUGUUAUGUUCUCGUCGACGAGAGAUAACUCAGAAAGAUUUUGAAUGGAGAAAAUGUGGAUUAAAUGUUCAAGCAAAAAUUCAAGUAUUAGAUGAUGCAUUUCCUUAUGGAACUGAAUUUCACGGUAUUCGAGAACCACUAUGCAUUACACCAACGACUGAAAGAUGCUUUUUGGCUAUGUGGGUCGCUAUGAAUGCUAAAAAGCCAAUGAUGAUGCUUGGUGAUACUGCAACUGGUAAAAAGUAUACGGUUAUGACUUUUGCUCGAUUUCUUGGUAGAUUUAUUUCAACAUUUGAAUGUUCGAAACAUGUUGAAACAACGGCUGCAUCAUCGUUUAUGAUCGGUUUGGCAUCGGAUGGAUGUUGGGGUGUUUUGAAUAAUUUACAAAACAUGACAUUAAAUGCUUUUUCAGUUUUAACCCAGUAUAUCACAAGUAUUUCAAAUGCAUUACGAUCAAGCUCAAAUUCUUCGGCAAUAAAUGCUGAUAACAAAGAGAUUCCUAUCAAAGUAUCAGUGUCAAUAAUAUCCACGUGUAAUCCAUUUACAAUCGAAUAUCGAAAAUUGAUGCCACCAGAAAUUCGUAAAUGUUUCCGUGUUAUUACAUUAGUUAAACCCGAUUAUGAACAAAUAUUUCGAAUUAAAUGUUUUCAACAUAAUUUUAAAAAUACAAAUGUUAUUGCAGAAAAAAUUAGCCUAUUAUACGAAUCAAUCAGAAUGUAUUUACAUCCUAGCCAACGCUCGAUUAUAUCAUUACCGGCAUUUAUUGAUCUAUUGGAGUACGUUAAUGCACAAAAGAAACGUGGCAAUUCAAGGCCAAGCAGUAUGGCAUCAUCAAAUUCAAAAGGACCGAUAUUGGAUGAUAAUUUAAAGCGUUCAGGUUUGAAAAAUAUUACAAUAAGUGGAUCAAAAUCUGAUCAAUUAUUAUUGGCACAAGCAAUGAUUGACAUCAUAGGCGCACGUUUAAGACCAGAAGAUGCAAAAACAUUUCGUACAUUUGUGAUUGAUAUACUUGUUGGUCGAGAUGAAUCAAAAUUAGCCGUAUUUACAAAUCAAACAUACGAAAAAAUAAUUGCUGAUAAAGCUCCUGAACGGAAUCUAGUACCAACAAAACAUUGGGUAGAAAAAUGUGUACAAAUGAUUCACGCAUCAUCAAGUAUUUGUAGAAAUAUGAUUCUGUGUGGAUCACCGAAUAGUGGUAAAUCUAGUGCAGCUGAUGUAUUCAUUGACAUUAUGACUCAAAUGGCACAAGCAAAUGUUGUAUCACGUACAAAUGAAUCAUCAUUUGCACAAGAAGUAGCUUCACAAACACAUAAACUUUAUAGAAUAAAUCCAUUAGCUAUUGAAUCCGAAUCAGUAUUUCUUGGUCAUGUAACAUUGGCAAACGAAUGGCAAGAUGGUGUUUUAACAUCAAUGCUUCGAAAAGCGAAUAGAAAUUGUCAUACAAGUUGGAUAUGUUUUGAUGGAGUAUUGAAUCCUGUCUGGUGUGAUCUAUUACCAUCGAUAUUAGAUAAUGAACCCGUAUUACAAAUAAAAACUGGUGACAAAGUUUAUAUUCAAAAUCAAGUUAAAUUUAUGUUUGAAACAUUAUCAUUAACUGAUGCAUCUCCCGCAUUUAUCGCCAAAGCUACUGUCAUACAUUUUGAUAAAUCAAUAAUUGAUUGGAAAAUAAUUGCUAGUGCAUUUUUAAAAGAUCGACGAACAUUAGAAGAACAGUGUUUACGACGAAGUUUUGAUAAAGUAAUGGAUCCAAUAAUGAACUUUCUUAAAGAUGAAUGCCGUUCAACAAUGUAUUAUUCUGAUACAAGUUUAUUUACUAUAAGUUUAAAAUUUUUAGAUUCAAUAUUAAAAGAGCAUACUUUAGUUAGUGAAAUACAUAUUGAACGUUUAUUUGUUUUUUGUUUAACAUUCGUAUUUAAAGCAAUAUUAACAAGUGAUGAACAAAAACGCUAUAGUGAUUUAUUAAAAACAUUAGUAACCGUAUUACCAGAUGAUGAUAGAGAAAUAAGUGUUUUUGAUUAUUAUGUGGAUGAAAGUGGUGAAUGGGAUUUAUGGCAAGCAAGAGUAGAAGAAUUACAUGAAACAAUUCAUGAACGUUUAGAUAUGUUUGGCGAUAUUCUUGUUGAUACAGUUGAUAUAGCUCGAUGUAGUUAUUUUUUAAAAUAUGCUACAUUUGCACAAGUUAAUGUUUUACUAUUAGGACAAAGUGGAUCCGGUAAAUCGAAAUUAUUAGAGACAAUGUUAAGUAGUCUAGAUCAAGCACAAUAUAUGGCAAUACGUUUAAAUUUUUCUGCUACAACAAAUUCAGCUGAUGUACAAAAAUUUCUUGAAUCAAAUAUUUCUCAUCGUCAAGGCUUUACAUAUGGUGCAAAUAUGAACAGAAAAUUUUGUCUAUUUAUUGAUGAUUUACAAGCGUGUAGUAAAACUAAUUCAACAUUUAAAAAUGCACCAGAGUUUUUACGAACGUUAAUUGAUCAUCAUCAGUUUUCAACUCAACAAAAACCAUAUGAAACAAGAAAAAUUGAAGAUUUUUUUGUGUUUGCUAGUGCAACAACGUCACCACCACAAACAACAGCCGAUUUAUCAUCAUCAACAUCAUUUAUAAAUCCAAGAUUUUUGCGUCAUUUUGCCAUAUUCAAUUUACCAUCGGCUACUGGUCAAGCUCUUCGUCAAAUAUUCGCACAUGUUAUUGGAGUGAACAUGUUAUCCUAUGGCAAUACACCGAUAGCAUCUGAUUUAUCGAAAAAAUUGGUUGAUGUUUUUACUGAUAUAUUAGGUCGUAUUCAGACAACAUUGCAGCCAUGUGGACUACACGGUCGAGAACAUUAUUUAUUCAGUGUAAGACACAUGAUAACAGCUAUUCAAAGUCUAAGAAAAUUAUCAGUAGAAAAUCGAAAUAAUGCAACAAUUGUAAUAUCAUUUAUUAAACAUGAAUUAAAUCGAAUUAUUGGUGAUCAAUUAGUUCGUGAAAUAGAUACAUUAUGGUUUAAUGAUACAUUAAAUGAAUUGUUUCGUAAUACCUUUCAAUUGGAUGAAACAAAUUCACAGCCGGAUAUGUAUUUUACAUUUCCAUUAGAAGGACGAAGUUAUGAAAGACCAUUAAAUUCAGUAAUUAUUAAUGAAAUUAAGGUACAAAUUCAACCGGUUGAAUCAUUGAGUCAAUUAAGAAAAGCGAUUGAACAAGUAUCAAUGCGUUAUCGAGAAGAAUUUGGUUUAUACACAUUUCAAUUACCAGUUUCAGAAAAUAUUGCAUUACAUAUCAUUCGAAUGCAUCGAAUUCUCUCUCAUUCGGGAAUGAGUAAUAUGUUUCUAAUUGGUACAGUUGGAACUCAUCUUUCGAAAUUGGUUCGAUUAGCAUUUUAUCUAGCUGAAAUUCAGGAACAUUUAAUUGAUUAUACAAAUCGAAGUCUAUUCUAUGAUAGUUUAAGAGCUGUUAUUCGUCGAACAGCUGUCGAAGGAUGUCAUCUAGGAAUUGUAUUAACGAAUAAACAUUUACGUGAUCCCGAUUUUAUUGAUACACUUAGUAGUUUACUUGCAAGUGGUGAAUGUCCAUAUUUGUUUAGUAAAGAUGAAGUGGAAGGUUUAUAUCAAGUAAGCUACUUCUAUGAAACAUUUUUUAUCUUCAUACAAAAUUAAUUGAAACGUUGAUGUUCAGUAAUCCCUAGUGAAACUUCUUAUAACCAAGUUUUUGAUAAGAAUACGUAGAAGUUCAAGAAAUUCUAAACAGUCAAGAUCUUGAAAAUUCUUGAAUUACCUCUUGUUGCCAUGUAAGUACGAAAAUUUUUACACUCAAAAUAACUUCGAAUAUUUCCAUUCUUGGGCAUAGCUACACAAGGAAGAGUCCACCCUAGUCAAGACUCCUGAUUAAUCUCCCGCAGGAGUCCUGGAAAAAAAGUCCUACAGGAGUCAGCAGGGGUCCUGUCACGGGGCUCCGGCAGGAUCCUCUGUGGAGUCAUGGAGAAUUUUUAAGGGAUUCAAGAGGGAUUCCUCAAGACUCCCACAGGAGUUCUAUGGGAUUCUUAAGGAAGUCCCUGGGGAGUUCUCGGGGAUUUUCAAGAGAGUCCUUGAGGACUCCCUCUGGGUCUAUUGAU